AUGCCUCCGAAAAAGCCGGCUCCGGCCGCGGGUAACAAGAAAACGCAAGAAAAGAAGAAGGAAAAGAUAAUUGAGGACAAAACAUUUGGCUUGAAAAACAAGAAAGGUGCCAAGCAACAAAAGUUUAUCAAGAACGUCACACAGCAAGUCAAAUAUGGACAACAAAACGCUCGACAGGUGGCACAGGCCGAAGCAGAGAAGACCAACAAAAAGACGGACAAGAAGAAAGAAUUGGAUGAGCUCAAUGAGCUUUUCAAACCUGUUGUCGCUGCCCAGAAAGUCAGCAAAGGUGUGGACCCCAAGUCUGUUCUUUGCGCCUUCUACAAGCAGGGCCAGUGCACCAAAGGGGACAAGUGCAAGUUCAGCCACGACUUGUCUAUGGAGCGGAAGUGUGAGAAGAGGAGCGUCUAUGUGGACGAGCGGGACGAGGAGCUGGAGAAAGACACCAUGGACAACUGGGAUGAAAAGAAGCUGGAGGAGGUAGUCAACAAGAAACACGGCGAGGCCGAGAAAAAGAAAGCCAAAACUCAAAUUGUGUGCAAAUUCUUCCUGGAUGCCAUCGAGAACAACAAGUACGGCUGGUUUUGGGUGUGCCCGGCAGGUGGCGCCGACUGUAUGUACCGGCACGCCUUGCCACCUGGUUUUGUGUUGAAGAAGGACAAGAAGAAGGAGGAGAAGGAACAGGAGAUUUCCAUGGAGGAGCUGAUCGAGAACGAGCGUGCAGCACUCGGUGCCAGCGUGACCCGCAUCACUCUGGAAACGUUCCUAGCGUGGAAGAAGAGGAAAAGGCAGGAGAGGGUGGCCAAAGCCAAGGAGGAGAUGGAGAAGAAAAAAGCCGACUUCAAGGCCGGGAAGUCGCUGAUGGUCAGCGGUCGUGAAGUAUUUGAGUUCCGGCCGGAACUGGUGGAUGACGACGACGACGAGGCGGACGAUACUCGAUACGCCAACAAGGAAGGCGACGAGGACGUGAAUGACGACAGCGAUCAGGAGACCGACACUACGCAGGUCCAGGACAUCGACCUUUCGCGCUUUGUUCCUCAAGAAGUGGACAAUACGGGAAUCACUGUGGCAGCCGUGGACCGAUUCACCUCCAGGAGUAAAAAGGACCAGGACAACGACCAGCUAAACGGAGCGUGCGGCGGUUCCGAGACCAACGGGCCGUCGGGGGCUGAGGGAGGCGGGGAGGCUGGAGGAGGGGAAGAAGAUGUCCCAGUUGACGAGAACUUGUUCACCGGGGAAGAUCUAGAGGAGCUUGACGAGGAGCUCAACACGCUGGCACUGGACGACUGA